AUGGCAUCUAAUGGCGUAAUUUUUACAGAAUUAAACACUUGUAUGAAGUGGAAUGAUAAAUAUAUUCCUGAAAAUCAAUUAAUUUACGUUCGGGAUGGAACUACAAGUUGUGAUGGAGGCUUUCUUGUUCAUCACUUUUUGAAUUCUUUUAUUAAUCAUGGAAAGAAAGUAACGCUGUGUUCUUUUAAUCAAUCCUUCUUUCACUACAAUACAGUUGAAUUAAAAUUAAAUAUUAAUUUGGAAAAGGAAUCACAGGAAGGAAAAUUUACAUUUAUUGAUGCUCAACAAUCUUUUGUAGAUUCAUCGGUGGAGACUGGAGAUGACUUACUUUUAUUUUCAUCACCAUUGUUAAUUACAAAGACUACACCUGCCACAAGACCAACUUGUAUUGUCAAUUUAAAGCAUAAUAAUAGUUUGGAUGAAUAUUUGGCUAAUUUAUUUGAAAUUUUAACUUGUGAGAAACAACAAUCAUCAUGCAUCAUUUUGGAUCAUGUUAAUCCUCUAUUACAAUAUUAUUUUGAUCAAGAUGUCAAUAGGAAAUUGUUGAAAUUUAUUACCAAAUUGAAGAAAUUCUAUUCGAAUAAUAUUUCAAUUAUUGUCUUGAUGCAUAAUCAUCCAGCAGAUGAUGAAAAUACUCAAUUGACUAACAUGUUUGAACACAUGAGUGAUAUUGUUUAUAGAGUGGGUCCACUUCCAACAGGCUAUUCAAAGGAUGUUCACGGAAAAGUUGAAUGCAUUUCAUAUAUUAAUGACGGUACAUUGGCAAGCUCAAAGAAAGCUUCUCUUCAUUUCAAAACAUUUGAAUCAAAGGUUUCAUUGUUUGCACCAGGUUCUGUUUCGGCUUCUCACGACACUUUCUUAUUUUAA